CAAAAAAAAUAAUAAUAAUAUAUAUAUAUAUAUCAGCCCGGUCUUUUUUUCGGCCUCAAGUCCGCCUAGCAACGACGAAGCCUGGCCUCCGAAGUGGUCACGUGGCGUUUCAAAGUGGCUCGCCGGAAUCAAGCCUUGGCGCGGGCUCGGUUCGGUCCAUGUCGGUGAGAUUGAGGUGGGACCAAAAUGGCUCCGAACAACUCCGCGGCGGGGCUGGAUUAGGAGGCGUUCGCGGACCUCUCCCGGCCUCGGACAAACGAGCUUCUCGUCAACACCGGAAUUGAUGUCACUUGUUCAAUUUGCUUCUACACACACAAAAACCUCAUUAUUUUUGUGUGAUCGAAAAUGGAAUCUUGCAUUCUUCUCGCCGGCUCUGCUCACGCUGUCACUCAAAGCGAAGUAGCCAAUGAGGACGCCUUCCUCAUAAAGCCCGCCCACCCGACAGGUUCGUGCCAAAAAGAGAAUGCAAAAAGUCACGUUGCAAGCAAAACAUAUUUCCCUUUUUGUUUUGCUUGAGUUCGAUGAUAUCUGUCGAUGUCUUGUUUUGUGCUUGCCACUCAAGAAGUUCAGCCGAACGUCAAACGUCCGGCGUGGUUCUUCCUCCCCGUGGCCACAAACACCGAACUAACUCUUUUAAUGUCGCUAAACCGAGCCUUCAAGCCAUUUCUUUUCAUUUAUUUUCCAUUUUUGUUCUGUUCUUUUCAUUUCUUUUUUCUUUUCUUUCCUUAUUGUCUAUUCAUUUUUCGUUUUCUUUGUUUCUAUUCAUUUGUCUUUUUUUCCAUUUAGUUUUUCCUCUUUCCUUCGGAUUUUAUUGAAAUGUUCCACUACUUUCAGACACUAAUGAGCCUGAUCUUCAUUGAGCAAUGAAAGGCGACCUUUAAUGUGGUCAUGCUGAAAUGCCACCAAUAUGUGUGCGUGUGCGUGUGAGCGUGCGCGUGCUGAUCACCAUCAGAUUGGAUGCAGCUGCUCCGUGCUCUUGCUCUUCCUCCAAGUCCAGGAGCAGCUCUGGAAAGUUCUGGGAAGUCCCGGACGGGAACGCAAGGUUCCUGAGUCAUGGAGGAGUUGGCGCUGGAGCGUUACUUUGAUGACUCCAUUGCAAACAAUUGAUCCGCGUCGGCGAUCCCGUCGGCUCGAAUAUCGCUCGCACGAUCGACUGUUAAAUGACUUUGCGUUCACCCCGAAGGACUCUGACUUCCCGAGCCGAGCGGGCCCUCCCUCCGGGUCCGCUCGGGCCUCGACCCCCGUCCCGCCGUUCUCGAAGGCGAGCGGCGAGCCGGCGGACGACCUGGACCUCAGCUUCCUGCCUGACGAGCUGAGCGUCAACACGCAGGACGCAGAAGGAAGUGCCGGCGCGUCUCAGGACGUCGACGUCGGCCUGGCGUCGCGCCAUGAAGGGGAAGAUGAAGACAAACCUUCCUCCUCAUCCUCGCAGUUGGCGAACACCGGUGCCAUCUUCUGCCCUAUGACCCCUAUGACUCCUAUGACCCCCGUGACCCCCAUGACGGAGAGGUCGGGGAUCAUCCCGCAGCUGCAGAACAUCGUUUCCACAGUGAACCUGGGUUGUCCUCUGGACCUAAAGUUCAUCGCCCUUCAAGCCAGAAAUGCAGAGUACAAUCCCAAGCGCUUCGCCGCCGUCAUCAUGAGGAUCCGCGAGCCCAGGACCACGGCGUUGAUUUUCAGCUCGGGGAAGAUGGUCUGCACCGGAGCCAAGAGUGAGGAGCAGUCGCGACUGGCGGCCAGGAAGUACGCCCGCGUGGUGCAGAAGCUGGGCUUCCCCGCUCGCUUCCUGGACUUCAAGAUCCAGAACAUGGUGGCCAGCUGCGACGUUUGCUUCCCCAUCAGGCUCGAGGGCCUGGUUCUGACCCACCAGCAGUUCAGCAGUUACGAACCCGAGCUGUUUCCGGGCCUCAUCUACCGGAUGGUGAAACCUCGGAUCGUCCUGCUCAUCUUCGUGUCGGGGAAGGUCGUUCUGACGGGAGCCAAAGAGCGAGGCGAGAUCUACGAGGCCUUCGAGAACAUCUACCCCAUCUUGAGAGGCUUCCGCAAGCAGUGACCCCGACGGCUGACCGCAUCGCUUCCUGUUUGUUUGUCAAUAUUUGCUACUCGUUUCCUAUGUUUUAUGUUGCUGUUGGGACUUUGUUUUAGACGCUCACUAUCCAGACAGAAGAUAAAACUCAAUUAUUUGAAAACAAACAAGUUGAACUCAUUCGUCUUGUCAGGUCACAUUUCGACAAACAAUGGACUGGUCGCCAGUCGCACGUUGCCGCCGUUGGCGUUCAACGGAAGCUCCGCCUAGCGGCGGUGACGUCACGACGUAAACAAAGCCGAAACCGGAAGUGUGGAACCGAUCGCCUCCGAUGGUCGCAGCAAAACCACAUUUGCACGCGUGACGUCACCAUGGACAACUCGCGAGUGUGGACGUCGACGACAAGUUAGGUCGCGUUCACAAAUUCCAAAUAUAUACAUUUAAAAAAACAAAA